AACUAGUGACAUCUAGGUCACACAGUCUCGCUCAAGACCGCGACGUCGAAUGAUCGGAUUUAUCCUUUUCGUUUGCCUAUUGUUUCCGUCGUUGUUUCCUGUGAAGUUGCCGCAUUCGGCAGUGGAGGGGACGGAAAUGUCAAGGAUGCUCGCGGUAGAUUUCGAGAUCUUUGGCAUCGUGCAAGGUGUCUUCUUCAGGAAGUAUACGCAAAAACGUGGCAAGGAGCUGGGUUUAAAGGGAUGGUGUAUGAAUACCCCGAACGGUACUGUGCUCGGCCACUUAGAAGGGGAGAAAACUCAAAUCGAGAAGAUGAAAGACUGGCUUCGCUAUACCGGAAGUCCUCAGUCGCGGAUCGACAAGGCGGAAUUCCGCAACGAGAAGGAAAUCUCGCAGAUAUCGUUCUCCAAUUUCGAAAUCCGGAAGUAGAAUCUAAUAGAGAAUAAGGAGUAACAUGCACUAAUUAUAAUAUUUAGUUUUAGAAUUGUUUAAGUUGUGCGCAGUAAAAUCGUAUUAUUUAAAUAUA